AUGGCUGGUGUAAGGCAAUUACGAAUCAUUGCAUUAACUGCCCUUGUUUUAAUCUUGAUUGUCAUACUACACCAAACUGGCCGUAAUGCCGCUUCAUUAGUGUUUGCUCAAGCGUCAGAUCAAAUUCCCAACAAGCACAGAGCUAAAUCAAACAAUGGUCCAUAUAAACAGGGAUCAACAGGAGGAGCAGAUGGAACUGGCGUUGGCAUGCCAGGCAGUGGACUGAAGAGUAAUCCGGUUGUUGUGUCCAAUAAUAUAGUUGACCUGAACAAUGAUGAAAAGACUGAUGAUGCAAUUAACCAGGAAAUAUCUAAAGAUCAGAGUGAAGAAGGAGUCAAGAAGAAGCCAGCUAAUGAGGCACUGAAUCAAGUAGGAGGAACUAAUGGAGAAAAUGCAGCAGCAGCGGGAGCAGGAGGAGUAAGUAAAGGAAAGAGUGGCAAGAGUGGUGCUACUGAUGUGACAACUAAUGAAGCAGGCGAAUACGAUCCUCAACAGGAUUUAAUUAAAAUCAGAUCCUUGUCGCCAAUGACGAUAUUUUCUAAAAGUUAUUGUCCUUAUUCAAAACAAUUGAAAAAAUUGUUGUUGGAGAAAUAUGAGAUUGUUCCUACCCCUAAUAUAGUUGAAUUGGAUUUACAUGAACAUGGCAAUGACUUACAAACUUAUUUAUUUGAAAAAAGUGGUAGAAAAACUGUGCCCAAUGUGUUGAUUGGUUCAUCAUUUGAAAGCAGAGGUGGGUCGGAUAAUUUUGCUGAGUAUCAUAAAAAGAAUCAAGUCAUUACGUUGUUGACUGAUUGGGGUCAAGGUAGGUUACAAGUUAGUAAAAAAGACACCCCAUCAAAUGCUUAA